UUUGCAUAUUAGCGUGAAGUUCAUUAAUUUAUUGUGUUGCUACUGGCACAAUGACAUUGUACUGAGCAGAACGGGAACUAUUUGCCAUGAGGAAACUCCCUCUAAGUUAGUAUCUCUUUAUAGAUUGUAUUGUAUGCCGCCAAAGGUUUAUGAAAGUAUGAGCAUGGGUAUUUUUCAAGUAGAUCAAGAAGUGGCCAUUAAAAGCAUAAUGAAUAGGAGGCUUAGUUGAAACAAGUACAGCAGCACAGUGUUAUUAGAUGUGCAAGGGCUUAUUACAAUGUUAGACUUUAAUAUUGCAGAAAUAUGUUAGUCCCCUGGAACUCAAAUGUGUACUAACAUUGGAACAUACUGUAACUAACUGUAAUGAAGGACAAAUCGGACAAGAAUUCACAAACAUGAAUAAAAACUUAGCAGUGAGGUGCCUGCUUGAGAAAGUAUUUACCUGGUGCCAGUCCAACAAAUGCCUUGCAACCCAUUUUGGGUCCCAAACUGAAGUUUAGGAAACAUUGCUUUAAUGCACCAUAUUUGCAUUUUACAAUCAAUUCCCUGCAUGUUGUUGUACUUUGAUGCUAUUGAUUGCCAAAAAUAAGCAUGAUGCUAGACCAACACAUUCUCUCCUCUAGGUCACUGCAAACAUGCAUCAUGUGUGCGUGCAGCUGCUGCAGCCUUUCUUUGUGUUAAAGAGGAAAGAAGACAAAAAGACACAUAUGGCAAGCAAAUCCCCGGCAGAAAGCCAAAAUCCAAGGCAAAAAAAAACAAAAAACAAAAACAUUUAAUGUAAUGCCCUGGCCUGUCCAUGCUCCAUUCAAUGAUCACUAUGUAAGAUUAUAAAAUAGACAUUUAAUGCUGAAUUAUGAAAUGCUAUUUUUCCGAAAUAGGGCAGAAUCCUUUUGUAUUGCCUUAUUUGCUUGGGAGGGGACUAUAUUACAGCGCUCCUGCUGUGAGCAAGUUGCACAAUUAGAAGGAAUUGCAAGUACUGUUGUUUUAAUCGUUUCCCAAUCAUUCUAAUUUGGUUUUGACAUGUACAAGAAAUUUUAUUAAACUCUCUACACGGCACAUAUUUUUACCAUUACGUCAUUGUGGCCCCUUCUGUUCAUGCAUUUAAAUGCACACAUCAGUAUUUGCAGCAUGGCUUAAGGCCCCAAGCUACUACUUCACUACUUUGUUUUCAAUAUGUGUUGAGUCACUCUCAGAAGGAAGAAGACAAAGUUUGGACACACACCAGGUUCUAUUCACACUGGGCCUACAGUAUCAGGCGUUCUGCUUGGUUAUGGGAAUUCCCCAAGUCUCACAGUGAAAUUGUUUACCCCCUAGUCUCCAGUUUUCUUAAAAAGUGCCUCUCAAACACGAACCAAAUGACUGGUUUAGAGGGUCAUGCUUAGCAAGUGAACCAAACAAUGGAAGGAAAAGGCCCCUACCGCAUCUACGAUCCGGGUGGGAGUGACAUCAAGUCCAGGGAUGAAGCUGCAGGAGGAAGCAGCUAUCGACAGCUCCUGGAGGAGAACAGCAUGCUGAGGGAGAGGAUGAAGGGUCUUAAAAGCCUAGGUGACUUGCUCGAAGAAUCUCAAUUGGAAGCGUUGAGGCUUCGUCAGCGAGUGGAGGAACUUGUAAGAGACAACGAGGCCCUCAAGUCCUCCAGUUUUGCAGCCAGUCUUUGCGCAGGUGGACACGUUCAGACCGAAACACAAAGUAAACCUUUUUUGUAUCCCGCUGCUGAGCCGAAGGAAGCGGAUGCAAGCUGUUUAGUGAGGGCCAUUCAGCCCAACAGACUUAGUGAGGCCUUAUCAGAGUUUGAAGUGGUCAAUAUGGACAGGAGGACGUCAGAUGCCUUGACUGCCCGAUCUGCAGUAGGUGUAAUCCCCCUCCUGCCUCAGGAGAACGUCGAGCUAGCGAGCCAGCUGAAGAAACUGGAGAGCUCCUUCAGCAUAUUCGCGGAGGAGUCCAAUCCAAACCAGCUGUUAGCUCACCUGGGACGAAUGGCUGUGGAGUUUCACCAUCUUUCCUCUAAGGUCCAAAAGAAUGAACAAAGGACAUCCCUCCUUCAGACUCUGUGUGAGCAGCUCAGACACGAGAACAAUGAACUUCGGAAGAAAAUGGAGGAGGAUCAUCAUAUCAGGAAUCGAGACUUGGAACAGCUGAGGCAGGAAAAUCAGAAACUGAAGGAACUUGUGACAGGAGGAGCAGCAGUGGCAUCAACAUCAGCAGCUGCAGCAGCAUCAUCAUCAUCCUCAUCAUCUACGGCAGUGUCUGACACUGAAGCUCCUGACACCAAAGAUGAGCCAGUUAAAGAGGAAUGUGCUACGGUGAGACCAAAGGUGGAAGCGUCCACCCCUCAGAAGAGUGGAAAAGCUGCUGACAAAAGCCCAAGCAAGCCUUGUGACGUUGAGGUUUAUGAAAAGAAGAUCAAGCUCCUAGAGAAGCAAAGAAAAGAUGUACUGGAGGUGAAUAAGCAGUGGGACAUUCAGUGGAAUUCAAUGAAGUCACAAUUUGAACAGAAGAUCACGGACCUAAGACAGAGGCUCGCAGAUUCCCAGAAGACUGUGCUUGAACUGGAGGCGGAGCGAGAGCAGAGACAGCGUGACUACGAAAAGAAGUUGCUCCUGGCAAAGUCCAAGAUUGAAAAUGUGCAGGGUGAGAAGGAGUGUCUAAAUACUGAGACGACAGAGUUGAAGCAGAAAGUUCGCUACCUGCAGGACCAGCUGUUGCCCCUCAGCAAACAGCGAGAGUACCAAGAGAAGGAAAUCCAACGCCUCAAUAGGGCUUUAGAAGAAGCCUUAAAUUUGCAUGCCCCUUCAUCCUCCCAACAACAACCUGGUCAGGAUGCUGCCAGUAACCUGAAGAAGCAAGAACUACUCACUCAAAUUGCUGUUCUAAAAGAACAGGUUAAAAUCUUUGAAGAAGACUUCCGAAAAGAACGUAGUGACAGGGAGCGAAUGAAUGAGGAAAAAGAAGACCUGAGGCGGCAAGUGGAGCGACUGCAGAUUCAGAUUACAAACUUGACCAAUCAGCUGCAUCAAGCACAGAAUGAGUGUCAGCGAGAACACACAGAAAGAUGCAAGCUAGAAAGACUGCAGAUGCAGCAUCAUAAACAGGGGCAGCAACAGGAACGACGUACCUCAGACCCCACGUCGGGCUCAAAGAACGGCCCGCUGAGCCCCCCCUACUGUGGUCCCUUUGUGCAGGUGGGAGCGCAGGGCCUUGAGGGGUGGCCCAUACACUUCCAUCCGCGGAUGCCCAAUGUGGCGGCAGCCACCGCAGCUCCACCCCACGUGCGAGACUUCCAGCCUGUUACCCCGGGUUUUCCAUGGCAGUCAUCGUCAUUUCUACAGCCCAGAGGAGCUAGAGCAGUGGGGGAGAGUUCACGGCCAGCACCAGAUAAUGCAGACCAGUCCGCAGCAGCAUCAGCGGCGGCCGCAGCAGGAGGAGGAUUUGGAAAAAGGGAGCGACAAAAUAUAGAUCCUGGAAAGCACUGAAAUAUCACCGUGUCAUGGAAAUUGGGUUGUAGCAUGGAAUCAAUGUUUUGAUUUGAAAAGGUGUAAUUUGAUCUAUAAUUUUCCUACUGAACUGUAGAUAUCCUAUUGUAAUGUUGUUUAUACUUGCGUUUUAUAAGGCUAUUUGUGGAACACUUCACUAUUCUGAAUCUAAACAUGAACUAUUUAGAUUUUUUUUUCUUUUUAAAUCAUGUACUAUAGUUUGUUAUAUAUACUUAACACACUUUUUUUUCCCCCCAGAAAAUAUAUAACUUCCUAUGUUAUAAUCUGCAACAACUUGACUUAGCUAGUAGGGUUACAGCAAGCAUUCCCCUGAAUGAGCAAAAUGUAUCAUUCCAACAAUGGAUGACAACGUAGCCAAAUUCAAUCUCUGAAUUUACAAAGUAAAUGUCAAUUGACUUCAGAAGACUUCCACAGUACAUUGAUGUGAUAGAAAUGUCCCAUAUGUGUAAGUGUUCAAAAUGUUGCAUACAAACAUUUGGGAGGUAGGUAGAGGGGAUUUUGACAUAGCAUACCAAAAACAUAUUUGUGAUUGAUAAUUUAUUUAUAACCUGCUGUUUUGAUAGUUGCAUUGACUUAAGUGUGAAUCAUUGUCUUUUAGUAAUGCUGCUCAAUGUUGUUAGUGUAUUCCUGAUAUAAUUGUAGCUAUUGACAUGUUUGUGUCAGACACAGUAUACAACACAUAAGCCUUUCUUUUCACCAUGAUGAUGGACCUAAUCUCAUUAAACACAGCUCUUCUAUGAUUUAAAAUUUUUUUUUUUUAUUUGACCGCCUAUGUCACUCUAGUAAUCUCAUGAACAUGUUAGCCCUGUGUAGUACCUAACAGUUUUGCAAUCUUUUAAUAGCUGUUAACUUAUAAACAGUAGAGAGACAUUCACAACAGAGGAUGUCUGGGUUAAUCUGAUGCCUGCCUUGCCAACUAGCCCAUGACACUGAGUCAAGAGCCCUGAUAUAAUGCGGAUGAGACAUCUUCAUUUUAGUUUUUUUUUUUUUUUUUUUUUCCUCCCCAAUCUCAAAUCAAUACCAAUGUCUGAACCGAAUACUCACUAGGUGUUAUGAGGUAGUCAGAUGUAGGGUUUCUAAAAUUGUGCAGAAUCUGAGAAAAAGCAUUUUAAACUAAGUUAUUAGGUUACAAGAAAGCGAAUCGGAUUGGUGGAAAGUGAAGGGAAAUGUGCACUUUUCAAAAGGUAUUUUAUUACUGGCAGUUGUAUUUCUUGGUUUGCAGCCCUUUUUCUGUUUUGCUGUAGGCAAAAGCACAUGUGAGGCCUUUUGUAUUUGACUGGCUUAAUAAAUCUAUUCUAAAUGUU